CACAUAUACAGGUGCUGGGUAGAGAUUCAUGCGUAGGUCAAAACGUGUGUCGACUGGGGCGAGAGAGAGAGAGAGAGAUGUUCAGAGUACGAGUGAGAGAACAUUGACGAGUAUCACGUAAUCAACCGAUCCUUUCGGCAGUCAUCCCUGGCCGAAACAUCUAAAUAAACCUCAGAGGAACUUGUGAGCAAAAACAAAAAAAAGGACUUAAUCAUUACGAUGUCGACAACUGGAGAAGGUAUGUGAUGUCGCCCGAAUUCCAGGAUCAACCCCCCGCCGCACGUUGGGCCACCCAAAUGAUAUACUGUAGAGUCACGAAAAUGAGAGAGGGGGCAUGUGCAUAACAAUCCACACAGCCCCCUGCACUAGGUCGCUGCUGGCUCAUCAAAACAAUCGUGGGCACCUUCAUUAGGCAUGUGAGUUACUCGUUGUGGAAGAAAGACGUGGUGAGAGGCGACUGGGCGGACACGAUGCAAGGUGAAUAUAAACAGCAAUGGAAAAAAAGGAAUGCGCAGCGGGGGGGGAAUUUUGAUCCUAUAUAUACCCUGGACUAAAUCGAUGUUGGGCGAGGAAAACCGCGAUUUUUGUCCAAAUCAGGUGCCUGGUAACUCGUCGGUGGCCUUGGUCAUUUGAACAUGAAUCCUGAGAGAGGGCGACGAAGAGCUAAGGGAUCGAUAUCCAAUUGAUGGGAGACUCUACUUCGUACGCUGACUCGCCUGGGCUCUCAAUUCGCACGACAUCCAGCUAGACAUUUUCCACUCUCAGCAAGGUGAGUCGUCCACGGCGACUGUCCAAAAGGAGAGAAGGCCAUCUCAGAGCACCAAAAAAAUGCAAAGUCUACUUUCAUCUGGGCAGUUUGACGAGUCCGGAAGAAUUACGAGGAUUUUUCGACUCAUUGCAUUCCAGUCAGACUUGGCUCGAUUGUUGCUCCAUUAUGGUUGUCAGCCAGGAGUUCAUUGUUCAAAGAAUGUUGCCAUGGCCGCUCAAGGUAUGUUUUGACAUCUUUGUUUGGUGACCUCGACCGGAAUGGGAAGAGGCCAUCCGCUCCAAGUCAUCAACUCCCUGAAUGUUUCACCUUUCAUCUUGCCAUCGCUGGAUCAAUGAGCAGUCGCUGCGGCUCAAGGUGAAUCCCUAGAUGUGGUCGACCUACACGAUAUAACUCUUGACCCUUUUCGAGAUUACCAAUCCAAUCUCCGUCGCCAUGAAGUCUCUCACCGGGCUGUGCUCAAUCCUUUUUAUCGGCGUUGUACAUGCAGUGACUGUAGCGGACCUCCCGAGUUGUGCCCAACACUGCCUAUCAAAUUCCACCUCUGUUCAGACCUCCUGCUCCGUGAUAGAUAUCUCGUGCCUUUGUUCGAGUUCGACUUACGUGACGGCUCUAUCUUGCUGUCUGUACAGCAGUUGCAAUCCAGAUGAACAAGCCAUUGCGAUUCAAUUCAACAAGCAAGAAUGUGCUGCCGUCAACGAGACAGCUCCAGAUUUUGUGGGAUGCUCGCCUGCCGGGUUGAGCAGUGCUCUUGCGAGCAUGAGUCUGACUACAGCACCAACAAUGUCACCCAGCUCGGUGUCGUCGUCGACAGCGACCUCUUCGUCGGUCAAUCCAGGCUUCAGCACAAUCAGCGGUGAUAUCGUGACGCAGACGCUUCCUCCCUCGACCACAAAGCCAGUGACGGCGACUUUUGGCGGCAGGCCACUUUUGACAGGGAGCUGCGCCGUACCCUUUUUUGCCAUAGCCACGGGGUCUGGUGGUUCUGUAACUGAAUUUCCAGAAAUUGGAUGCUCGGGGCAACGUCCUGAGUGUUGUCCAUACGACCAAGGUACCAAUGCCGUGAUCACCAAGUGUCCACAGGACUAUUUCACCACAGCCAAUGGUUGCUGUCCACUUGGUUUCCAGGUAUACUACACAGCAAUCGGAGGCCAAACACCGUGUUAUUCCAACCCAAGCUCAACACUUGUUCCAGUAUCCACACCAACCGUGUCAGGCCUGACUGUUAUAACGGACCACGUCUUCUCCGAUAUGUACUAUUUGGUGCCGGCGGCCCCGGAAAAGCACAAGUUGCCAACUGGCGCUAUUGUUGGUAUCAGUGUCAACGCAUGUCUUUUCGUCUCCUGUCUCUUCGGUAUUUGGUAUUGUGUUCGACGGGCGCGCCGAAACAAGGCUCGAAAGGCAGCUGCAGCCCGAACGACCACGUACCCGCCAGAAGAACCUACACUGCAGAUGUCUAGAGCACCAACAACGCACGAACUAGAUAGCCCAGAAGCCCAGCCAGGUACAGCGGAUGCACUCUCACAUUGGGGAAGUCUUCCCGUAUCAUCUUCAUCACCACCAGCUUAUGAUCAGGAGAAGGCUAAGCUCAAGCCGAGGCCUCUCAUUCCCCAGGAACUUCCAGGGAGCAUGUGGAUGAAUGAGCAUCAUCCGGCCUUCUCAGGCGAAAAUACCCCAACAGAGGCAACGCCGUCCUCUCCACCGACGACUCCGGGCCAUAAAGCAACACCUGAGGAAUCAAGAUCUCCCGUCUUGUCCGCUGUCACCUCAAGAUCAGGAAAUGACAGCCCAGCUUUCGUGUCACCGUUGGGAUCCCCGAGGCCGCCUAAAGCAUCACCUUAAUCCAAAUCAAUCGAGCUGUGUACAUAGUAAUGCUUGUUUUGUCACUGUGAUAUUGGGGACACCAGAACAGAAGAGAACAUAACAGGGAAGGCGCGGGACAUGAAGCUCGAAUUUUUAAGGGGAUGGCUAAUCGCUCAUGAAGAGAUAGGGCAUCUUCCUAUGGAUGUCGGACCAAGUGGUGUAGGCAAAGCCCAGUGACAGUUAAUUUUCAAUUUCAGCGCUGUUGAC